CUUGCUGUAGUCUUGCAAUUUCAGUACCUGCAGCGCACCUCUGGGCUACGGAUCCCCAGGCGCAGGAGACGCCUCAUGUGGCGCUUGGAGCCGUUCCCUCACAGGCGAGUCCUCUCACGCCCGUCACGGGAGCCGCGCCGCUCCCCCCGCCCCAAGCGCCCCGCAGGCCAGCGGGCCUCGCCGCCACACGAGCAGCCCCCGCCCAACCGCGCACCGAGCGGGCUGCGGGGGAGGGCAGAGCAGCCGCCCCGGCGGGGCACCGGGGACGCCCGAGGAGCUGGUGGGGACCCGUGAGGGAAGGGGUCAGAGCCGCCCGGGCCGUUACCGCCCGCCUCCCUCCGCGUGCCUCCAGGCCACGCCGUCAUGUGACUCCCCGGCGCCGGGUUGCCUGGCAGCGGCGGCGCGGCUCGGGGCCAUGGCGGCGGCGGCGGGGCCCGGGCUACCCCGAUGGCGGCGGCGGCGGCAGCUGGCCCUGUCACAUCAUUUGCAAGAAAAUAAUGUUCUAGAUGGAUAUUUUCUUCCAAAGGAAGUAGAUCUUCAUCAGGUAAUUGUAUUGCCAAAAGCAGAAUGGGAAAGGAUUCAGAACAGUCUUGGAAGCACAACUAGAGAGGCAGCACGCAUCCUCGCUGAGAAGAAAGAACAGGAAGAAAUGCACUUACGCUCUAAAGCGGCUGUAAAAGACUGGCCCAAUACCAUUACGGGCCUGGCACAACGGAAACUUAAAGCCAAACAAUUACGUGAAGAAAGGGAAGAGGAAGAAAGAAAGUUACUUGAUUUGGAAGAAGAACAGUUCCAAGCAGCAAAACGGAAGGAAGCUAUUGAUCGUGCAAAAACCUACCUAUACUAUCAGAAUGAGAGAGUGAAAGGGUUGCAUAGUGCACUUCUACUUGCUGAGGUCCUAAAAGAAAGAGAUGCUCAAGUUGAAUUUAGAAAGUUAAAGUCAGAUGCUAAUAAAAAGAAGGAUGAAGAAAAGGAUCAUGAACAUAAACAAGCUAUUCUCAGAGAGCAAGAAAAGGCAUAUCAGCAUUAUAUGAAUCAACAGGCAUUACGCAGAGAUCAGCUGGAACAAAUAAAGGAGCACAAGCAUCAGGCAGAUCUGGCCAAGCUAGAAGACAAAAGAGAAGGAGAACAAAUACAGAGAUUGAACCGAUUAUACCAACUGGAAAUUCAGAGAAGAAUGGAAAAGGAACAGGAGGAAAAAGCUGAACGCCAAAGGCUGUAUCAUGAGCAUGUAACUGACCAGAAAAUGAUCAAAGCAGUAGAAGAACAAAAACAAAAGGAAGAAGAUGAUCAGAUUAAAGCUCAUUUUAAAGCAAAGGAAACUAUUGCCAAGCUGAUAAAAGAGAAAGAAGCUGAAAUGCGUAGGCUGACACAGGAGCAUCAGGACAAAAUUGUUAGCCAAUUAGCUGUACAAAUGAAUGAGGCAUUAAAGAGGGAAGAUGAUCGUCUUGCUAGAGACAUUGCAAAAAAAGAAGCUGAACAAGAGAAAAAACGCAAAGAGAAAGAAGCAGAAGAAAAGGCUGCAAUUGAAUCUAUUGCAGAACAUAGAGCCACUGUGAUGAAGAUGAAAGUGGAAAAGGAGAGAGAGGAAAAAGCAGAGGGUAAAAAAGAACUUCAUGCGCUAAUGGAACAGAACCGCAUCUACCUGGAAAUGGAAAAAGCCAAGAAACAACGACAACGUGACACAAACAUGGAAAUACAGAAAAUUCAGAUCCAGCAAAUGGCUGAAAAGCAGGCAAAAAAACAGCAGGAAAAGCAAGCAGAUUUGGACUACAAUGCUCAGAGAGAGGUUAUUGCCCUUUGUAAGGAGCGUGAAUUUCAGAGCUAUGCAAAGCAAGUAAUUGAAACAGAGUCCAAGACUACACAUCAUCUUUAUCCUCUUCUCAAAGCAUCCAAAGGUGGAAAAGGACGUGGAUACAGCCCAUUUUCCAGAGGAAGAGAAGGAAUAAAUACUAGUUUUCAGGCACAGGAUGGUACAACAGCCCAGCUACCUUGUUGUAGCUGUACCACUGCUCAAGAAGUUAAAAACAUGAAAUAAUAUUGAGACUGUCCAGCAACAAAAGGCAGAAGCAGUUUUCAUGUGGUCAAAAAAAGGUCUUUUUGAACCUUAUGGGCAGAGUUAAACCAUAAAAUGAUCUACAUUGAACAUAUAGUAUGAAUCUCGAAGUCCAUUUGAAAAAAAAAAAUUGCCAGAGAAUUGAUUAUAUUCUCAGUAAUCCCCAGCUUGUAUUUCAUUAAAGUUAGUUUACUAAACUUGAGACAAAAAUGCAUGAUAUACAAUUGACCAUCAGUGUAACCCAUUCCAGCCAAUACUCACUAUUACUGUUAUAUUUUUAUUAUUCAUUAUUCUAAAAAUUCACUGUCCCAGGUUUUUCAGGCCUAGGAUACGAAUUCCCAGUGCAAAAGGUCAUGUUAUUCACUAGCCCACUUCCAGUUAGGUAUUCCCCAUAACAGAAAAAACAAAAACAACUUUACAGAAUAUACGGGGAAGAAAAAAACCAGCUUAAUACAUAUGAAAGUUAGAAUAGUUAUGGUACUGGAGUUUUUAUAGCGCUUUGUAACUACCUCUGUAAAACAAAUGUCAUGCUAUAAAUUAGUUAUAUGAAAAAACAAAUGGGAUUUGAUUGCAGCCCUUAAAAGGUCACCUAGGAGGCAAAUAGGUCCCAAAAUAGCUGUAAAUAGCUACUACAAAGAGCAUGGCAACAAGAACAACAUAGUUGGACUGUUCUUUCAAGAAGACAAACAGUGAUUCAAUCUGUAGUAAAUAGAUCUGGAUCUAAAAUUGUUUCUCGGAUUCCUCAGCUGAUUUACCAACACCAAAGCCACACACACAUCUCAUUCCUUAUGCUUAGUUUCUUUGCUGAAUUUUUACCAUCAUGUUCCUUCCUUGGACAGACUUCAGGUUUUGUAUGAUGACUUCCUUCACAAGUACCCUAGGGUCUAAACAGGAUAUUCUGCCUAUUUUGGGGCCCACUGAAAACAAAGUCCAAAAAGCUUGAAGCUUUGCUUUGCUGCACACAACCUUCUAUUCCAGCCCCCUCCUCCAGCUGCCAAGCUCUGUUGGCCAGACAAGAAAAUGAUAAUGAUGUGAGCUCUAAAGAAAA